GUGAUAAUGACGGGGGGUUGUCAAGAGCUGAUGUUGGGCUGAUUCUGGUCUUGGUGGCCGGUGGCCGGUGGCGGGUAAAUAUAAAGCGGCAACGGGGGCUGGACACCGCCAGGACCUCGCAGGGUGAUACAUACCUGCACUUACAGUGACUGACAGCACCACCACUGUUAUAAUAACACCCCCCUCCCCCCCCAUGUUAUAAUAACACCCCCCUCCCCCCGUAUUUAUAAUAACACCCCCCCUCCCCCCCCCAUGUUAUAAUAACACCCCCUCCCCAUGUUAUAUGCUUACCCCCCUCCCCAUAUUGCAUCUUACCCCCCACCUCCCCCCCAUGUUAUAAUAACACCCCCUCCCCCAUGUUAUAAUAUACCUCCCCAUGUUAUAAUAACACCCCCCCUCCCCAUGUUAUAAUAUACCCCUCCCCAUGUUAUAAUAACACCCCCCUCCCCAUGUUAUAAUAACACCCCCCUCCCCCAUGUUAUAAUAACACCCCCCUCCCCCAUGUUGUAUUAGCACCUCCCCCAUGUACAAUAACACCCCCCUCCCCAUGUUAUAAUAAUACCCCCACCCCAUGUUAUACAAUAACACCCCCCUCCCUGGUUAUAUGCUUACCCCCUCCCCCAUGUUACUUACUUUUGUAUUUAUAAUAUACCCCCCAUGUUAUAACCUCCCCUCCCAAUAUUUAUAAUAACACCCCCCCAUGUUAUAAUAACACCCCCACCCCCUCCAUGUUAUAAUAACACCCCCCCAUGUUAUAAUAACACCCCCACCCCCUCCAUGUUAUAAUAACACCCCCUCUCCCCCAUGUUAUAAUAACACCCCCUCUCCCCCAUGUUAUAAUAAUACCCCCCCUCCAUGUUAUAAUAACUAUAUAUCUAAAAAUCCCCUCCAUGUUAUAUAGUUAUAACAUGGAGGGGAUUUUUAGAUAUAUAGUUAUUAUAACAUGGAGGGAUUAUUAGAUAUAGUUAUAACAUGGAGGGAUUAUUAGAUAUAGUUAUAACAUGGAGGGAUUAUUAGAUAUAUUUAUAACAUGGAGGGGAUUAUUAGAUAUAUAGUUAUUAUAACAUGGAGGGAUUAUUAGAUAUAGUUAUAACAUGGAGGGAUUAUUAGAUAUAUUUAUAACAUGGAGGGGAUUAUUAGAUAUAUAGUUAUUAUAACAUGGAGGGGAUUAUUAGAUAUAGUUAUAACAUGGAGGGAUUAUUAGAUAUAGUUAUAACAUGGAGGGAUUAUUAGAUAUAGUUAUAACAUGGAGGGGAUUAUUAGAUAUAUAGUUAUUAUAACAUGGGGGAUUAUUAGAUAUAUAGUUAUUAUAACAUGGGGGGAUUAUUAUAGCAUGGAGGGGAGGUAUUAUAACAUGGGAUGCAUUAUUAUAACAUGGAGGGGGUAUUAAUAUAACAUGGGGGGUAUUAAUAUAACAUAGAGGGGAUUAUUAGAUAUAUAGUUAAUGCCAGUAGCGACCUAACACAUGCCACUGUAAGUAGUAUACCAUUUUCUAACAUUUUGACUUCUUAUGUGGGGUGUGUCAGGCACUGCUCCCGGUCGCUUUGCCCUGCAUAUCCGCUGCUGCUGGGGGUGCCUGAAGGAUCCUAAGUAAGAAGUCAAACUGUUAAAAAAAAAAAAAUUUCUAAACCCCAAAUAAAAAAAUAAAAACACUAAACAAAAAUACUUUGACUAAAUACAUAGGGUGAGCCCAAGGACAAUCCUGGUACCAUAACCACCUACCACUACUACAAAUGUAUGUCUUACAUUUGGCACACUGAGGCUAUAUAUAGUAAUUUAGAACAUUUAUAAAUUUUCAUGCAAUUAAGUGUAAAGUCAUUUUGGAGCAGAGCUUAAUUAACUUAUUGCGGAGUAAUGGCUGUUUAUACUGGUGUAAUUCUAUGUAUAAUGAUAGUCUUUAACCCCUUAAGGACCAAACUUCUGGAAUAAAAGGGAAUCAUGACAUGUCACACAUGCAAAUAAUGAUAUUGAUUCUCAAUGUAUGCACAUUCAGUAUUAAGUUAACUCGUGUUAAUCUCCUUUAUUUACCAUUCUAUAUUAUACAUCAUCAUUAAUACAUUUGGUUUUGAAUGAUUUCAGGAACUGAUUGGAAUUGGGGAGGUUUGAAAGCUCAUGGUUUUGGUGUCACGUCUAAUCUGCUAUUCUGGAAAUGGCAGACAAAUUGACUGAAGAACAGAAAAGGAAAAUAGAGGAGAACAGGCUGAAAGCAUUGGCUCGGAGAGCAGAGAGACUUGCAGCCCUGCAAAAUAAAAUCAAAGAUGGUAUAACGCAGCCCACAAUCUCUGGCUUUUUUAACAUACGGACGACAGAGACACAACCAUCAGGAAUCGGUACCUAUAAGCGGGAAAGUAGUACACCAGCAAGGACAGUGUUUGAAAAUAAUAGCAAUAAGUUGCAUGUUUAUCAGAAGGAUAAUGGUAGUGAUGGAGGUCUGCCGUCAUUCGCUGCAAGCAAGCAACAUGGAAGCAGUUCGGAGUUAAAGGGACAGACAUCCUCUGUUUUGUCUAAACAGACUUCUUAUGUUCUGGGAGACUCCAACUUGUUACGUUCGUGUAAGACUACUGGAGAAGCUGGACCUUUAACAAGUGCUGGCACUAAGGUCACCGCACUGGAAGUACCCAAACCUACCAAUGAUGUUUCAAAAUCACCUAACCUACAGACUGGCAUUGUAACGGCCGCCCCUGGCCCUACAUGUUCAAAUGACUCUUUAAACAAUUCUGCAGAAAGUUCCAAACCAGCAACACCAUCCGGUAGCAAGACAGUUGGUGAAACAAGAUCAUUUAGGAAUACAAGUAAUGUUAAACAGUUCUAUUGCCCUUUAGCACCGCCAAACUCAACGGCACUUACUGGUAGCACGAUAGUGCGUGAAAUCCCCUGCUUUAAGCAAAAUUCGAAUACAGUAUCAGUAACGAAGAAAGAUGUAAAGUGCAUUAAAGGGAGAUGUGUUAAACAUGAUGAGAAUCGUUUCCGUGUUGAAGUGGGGUACAAUGCUGCCUUAAUCUCCUUGUUUAAACUCAUGCCAAGUAAAGUAUAUGGUGAGUGCGACAGCUACUUUUGUGGUCUAUUCUGUGUACUCGUGAUUGUUAUUAUUAAUAUCUAUAAAGUGCCAACAAGUUACGCAGCACUGUACAAUGGGUGGACUAACAUGAGUUGGACACACAAGAACAGAGGGAUUGGGGGCCUGCUCAAUGAGUUUACGUGCUAGAGGGAGUGGGGUGUAGUGACACAAAAGGUAAGGAUAGGGUAGAAAAGUACUUUGGUAGGAUAGUAUUCAUUUAGGGCUUAGUGUUGUUUUGAUGACAGUUGCAGGAGAGGAAUCUGGGUGCGGGGAGAGAAAGCUGUUCACAGUUUAAUUGAUAUGCUUUCCUAAAGAUGAAAGAGUAGAUCUUUGCCUUUUUCAAGAGAGAUGGGAAACCCCCACAACCUUAAAUCUAUUUUGUAUUUUAAUUUAUCUCUUGGUCAGUAUAAAGUUUACUAAAAUUCUGCAUAAACAAACGCAGAGAUUAAAGGGACACUAUAAUCACCAAAACUGUAGCUUAAUUAGUUUUAGUGUAUAGAUGCCCCUGCAGUCUUACUGCUCAAUUCUCUGCCUUUUAGGAGUUAAAUCACUUUGUUUAUACAGCCCCAGUCACUCCUCCCUGCAUGUGACCUACACAGCUUUCCUAAACACUUCCUGUAAACAAUUGUUUAAUGUUAAUACUUUUUUUGCAAAUUCUGUUUAAUUCUGAACUUCUUAUCUCCAGGAGCCCUUCUGUGUGUGAUUAAAGUUCAGUUCACAGAGCAGGAGAUAGAAAUGUUUAAAGUAAGAUACAUUUGAUUGAAAGUGAAACCAUUUUCAUGCAGGCUCUGUCAACCAUAGCCAGGGGAGGUGUGGCUAGAGCUGCAUAAACAGAAACAAAACUGAUCUAACUCCUAAAUGACAGAGAAUUGAUUUUCUAAGCUAUUUUUUUGUUGUUGUUCCUUCUGAAUAUCCUCGACUCUCAAUUAGUCCACUUGCAUGUGUGCCCUCUCCAUUUUAUCAGGGAGUAAUUGGAUGGGCAGACAUACAAGUGAGAAGAUCUCCCACAUCUUUCUCCAUUUCACACCCACAUAUGUAUAUCUCCCUAUCCAUCCCACAUAUGUCCAUCUUUCUCCAUUCCACCCCAUUUGUAACUUUCUGUCUCCAUGCCAGUCUCCAUAUUCUAUUAUUUUUUUUAUUUUUUUUUGACCCACUAUUUUGAUAAUUAUAUAAAUGCAUUGAAAACAAAGUGUAAACAAUAUAAAUCUAAUGUAGAUUAUCAUUUUGAUCUUCUUAAAGGAACACUGUAGGCACCCAGAUCACUUCAGCUAAUUGAAUUGGUCUGGGUGCUGUGUCUCUUUUGCACCUAGUGCUGCAAUGUAAAACAUUGCAUUUCCAGAGAAACUCUGUUUACAUUGCAGCACUAAGUCUGCCCUCAGUGGCUGUCUACCAGACAGCCAGUGGGGGUGCUUCUGGAAUCCAAACGGGCUUUUGGUCCGUUAGGACGUUGGACGUCCUCAUGCUCUGCAUGAGAACCUCCAGUGUCAGAUUUUCCCCAUAGGCAAAGUCUGACCCAGUGGCUGGAUUCAGGUAAGUGGCUGAGGGUUUUUUAACCCCUUCCAUCCUGCAGGAGAGGUGGACCUAUAGUGCCAGGAAAUAGGCUUUGUUUUCCUGGCACUAUAGGAUCCAUUAAAUACAGCUAAAGUUUCACUCAUGGUAAUACAAAUGUAUCUUAAUUCACAUCUGUAUAAACUGAUCUUUACUUUUGUUAACCUUUUAUUUAAUUUUUUUAUAGAUCCUGGAACAAAAAUGUGGAACUUCGCCAUGUCAGAUUAUGCCAGUCUUGGUAAGUAUAGAGUGGAAACAAAAUCAUUAAAGUGACAUCCAAACUUUUUGUCCUUAAAUGAAUACAUGUUAAAUGUAUCUUUCCUCUGCCUUCAAGAUGCAAAGUCUUUAAAGGCAUCCUCCUCCAAGUCUCAUAUCCACUACGGCCUGCUGAAGUGGUUAUGGUGCCAGGAGUGCCUUGGUCCGUGUGCCUAGUGCAACCUGGGUAAAAAUGUCAGAAUGUACUAAAAAGGUUUUACUACUUACUGUGGGAGGAUAUUCACUACAGUAGGCUGUCAUGACAUUUUCUUUAAUCUCAAAUUGGAAAAUCAGCGCAGUCACGGAAAUUAUUGUUAAGAACAUGAAUGAGUUUGACAGAAACAAACAAAAAAAAAAUGGAAGGAUUGUUCGCAUUUGAAGCAUAUUUGAUUUAGGUUAUGAUGUAAGGGUUCUGUGUUUCUCAUAGCUGGAGUGAUUUGCAAAAAUUGCCAAUGCUGUAUGCACAUUCCCUUCACUCUACACAAUUGCAAAAACUGGUAUGAUGUGUGUCUGCUAUACAAGAAGUUGUUUAAAAUUGUAAUUCUCUUAUAAGAUGCCCCCAUGUAUAAGACUACCCUGAAUUUUAUUUAUUUAUUUAUUUUUGAGCCCAAAAUUAAGAAAUCCAUAUUUUAAACAUAGAACAACUUUGAUAUUUUAGAGGUGACUUCUAAGGAGAAUAGCACCCUUCUGAUUCUCAUGCCUCCCCCGUGCUACGGUACUCUGUGAAGUUAAUGGCUCUACAGUGCAUGCUGGGACAUCACUCUAGAAUUCCCUCUGCUCCCUGAUCCCCAUUUCCUCCCCCCAUAAAUAUAAAUCUGAAAGCAAGACCUACCUGUGGUUGAGCAAACCUUAAUAUGGCUGCUCCUUUUGUGGUGUGGCAUGUCUCUGGAGCUCCGUUGGUGGCAAGUGAUGAUGUCUGCUGCAGCUCCCACGCAUAAAGGGACCUCUUUCUCCUUGCCAUAGCAUUCAGAAGUGUAUGUGCGUGGGCCAUGACACACUGAAAUAUGGCAGGCGCCAUCUUAACUUACAUAAGUGUUUUUUGUAAGCCCUGCAUUGACAUUCUGUGUAUAAGAUGACCCGCAAUUUUAGACUCAAAAAACAUACUCUUAUACAUGGAAAAGACGGCAUUUAUAGUAGGAGAAUACAGAAUAGUCAUUUAAAAUUCUGUUUUCAAAGGUAAUGCAUUCUACUCUGUUGAUCUAACUGGUGCUUGCAAUAUUAUUUACAAGAAUUGUUAAUUUUUUUCCCCCUCAGAAUUUCCUCUAUAUUUACUGACUGUUCCACAUUCUCUUUGCAGUGGGUGAAGUACAGCGUCUGCAAUCCGUGACAUUGAAACCUUUGGAAGGAAUGGGAGAUGUGGAGAUACCUAAAGAAUCUCUCACCUCAACAGCACAUGCAGUCAUUAAUAAACUUUUAGCAAUGUGCAAUAAUUGGCAAAGACCCAACGCCACUGUAAAAGGCAAAUGUAUGCUCAUCUCCCGCUCGCGUUUUGAGGUGGAUAUCAGCUAUCAAUCAGAAAUAAUAGCAUUAUUUAAACAAAUGACAACACGGAACUAUGGUAAGAGAUGGCAACAUUUCUUUUGAAUUUUUUCAUUUUUUGUAAAAAAUUUUUUAAAAAGAAUUAUCCAUGCACCAUGACUACUUCAGUGAUUUUAUGUGAUUAUGAUGCGUGUCGCCAUGAAAUGCAGCACAUAAAGAGUUUCACCCCCCUUUGCCGCCAGAGCUGGAAUAAGAGUUCAGCUGACUUUCUCAGCCAAUGAAUGAGCAGCAGGUCUGAUAUUCGGCUAUUGCAGCUCUGCAGAAGCUGGAUGUUGUUAACCCUGCUUCAGAGCAAACCCGGCACCUAGCAGAAUCCAGGUAAAGGCAAACCGUUGCCAAAUGGUUUGCCCGAUUACUGGGGAACGACUGAAGGGUUCUUCUUGCAUCAUUAACCCAGAAGCCAGCUAGAACCGUUUUAUGUAAAGACAAAAAAGUAAUUUGGUGCACACCCGGAACAUGCUUCUUGGAGUAAUGGUGCUGCUGUAUAGACCAAAAUGUAUAUGGAAUACAGAUUAAAGGAGCACUAUAGUACCAGGAAAACAAAUCCGUUUUCCUGGCACUAUAAGGUUAUUAGGUCCCCCCCCCCCCCUUGUGGUCGCCUCCCGAUGGGCUGAAGGGGUUAAACCCCUUCAUCCACUUGCCUUAAUCCAGCGCCGGGCUACCUCGGUGCUGGUGACCUCUCCUCUCCCGCCAACGUCAGCACAUUCAAACCGCAUUCUUUCCUACUGCGUGAGUUCAGUGUGAUUUUUUUCACACUGAGAAUCGCGGAAGCGGCCUCUAGUGGCUGUCAGGGAGACAGCCGCUAGAGGCUAGAUUAACCUUGCAAUGUAAACCUAGGAGUUUUUCUGAAACUGCUAUGUUUUCAGCUGCAUUGUUAAAACUAGGGGGACCUGGCACCCAGACCACUUCAUUGAGCUGAAGUGGUCUGGGUGCCUAUAGUGGUCCUUUAAGGAACAGAGUACACAAAUAAAAUAGAUUUCCAAAUUUUAUCUCCGCAAAUAAAUAUGAGAAUUGAGUUCCACCAUAUGCCCUUAUUGUGUUAAGCCCACCACUACUUCACAGUAAUCCCAUUAUCAUUGUUCCUUAAAGGACCACUCUACAGCUUAAUGAAGUGGUCUGGGUGCCAGGUCCAGCUAGGGUUAACCCAUUUUUUCAUAAUUAUAGCAGUUUCAGAGAAACUGCUAUAAUUAUGAAUGGGUUAAGCCUUCCCCCUAAUCCUCUAGUGGCUGUCUCAUUGACAGCCACUAGAGGCGCUUGCGUGCUUCUCACUGUGAUUUUCACAGUGAGAGCACGCAAGCGUCCCAUAGGAAAGCAUUGUACUGCCUUGAGACCGGCUGAAUGCGCGCGCAGCUCUUGCCGCGCGUGCGCAUUCAGCCGGCGGGGCGUAACGGAGAGGAGGAGGAGAGCUCCCCGCCCAGCGCUGGAAAAAGGUAGGUUUAAACCCCUUUCCCCCUUCCAGAGCCGGGCGGGAGGGGGACCCUGAGGGUGGGGGCACCCUCAGGGCACUAUAGUGCCAGGAAAACGAGUAUGUUUUCCUGGCACUAUCGUGGUCCUUUAAUGUGUAUUAUGUAAUCCUUUAAUGUGACUGGACAGGAGGUAUUAGUUGUGUUCUCCUAACAGCAACAAGUGAGAUUACGGAGAAUCCCUGCACUGUACAGUGAUGUCAUGUGGGAUACAAAAAAAAAUUUGAUUUCUGCUCUGUGUAUUUUAAGUACAUAGAAAAGGCCAUUUAAAACCCUAUUACUACAGAUUUCAUUGUUGAAAAUGUUGUUCCCUCGAGCAGUCAUACUUGACGUUUUAGUCUUCCUGUUGUGAUCUAUGCCAGCCAGGAGUUAGACUGACUUACAGAGCUGUGGGAAUAGUGGUUGUGUCCAUUAAAAAUGCUUGUCAAGUCAUAAGGAAUAAUAUAUGAGCAAGAUGAGUCGCUUUCCUAAAGAUUUGCAAUCUUUGCAUAAUUAGAGCAGAGUUGAGCGAGACUUAGACAUGACCUGAAAAUUAAAGGUCAAGAGAUCUAUAAAGCAGAUCGAUCAGCUGAUAUCUAGAGAGCCCUGCAGAUGUAUAGCUAAGCAUUAUGGGAUUGUGUACCAACACACAGUUAAUAUUCUUCCAAGUCACGCUAUUGUUUUGGAUACAAGAAGGAAGGUGCUCGCUGUAUACUUCGAUAAAUAGGCAGAAGACAGUGUUAACAAGGCUUCCCCAAAACCUUGUGAACAAAUAAGAAUAAAAACAGAAAUAAAUAUAGAUAGCCGCACCUAAAUAGAUAACCAUUCUGUAAAAUCACAUAACAGGUACAUAUACAUACCUGUUGAUAUAUUGAUAUAAUCCUCUGUUCGGGUAUACACAGUAAUUGAGUAUCUCAAAGAAACAGAGAGACAAUAAAAUAUUAGUGCAAUGUGUCAAAUAACAGGAGAGUGAGAUGUCGUAUUUCUCCAAAAGCACACUCACACUUUCUAGAGCUUCACAGAGCUCUGCUGUAUUAAGUGUUGACGGUACAAUCCCCGUCUCAUAAUAUAUUUUCGGCAGAAGUAGUGGCACAUCUUUCCAAUACAUAACAUAUAUAAAAAGACAAACAGGAGAAUAUCCAAUGGUGCAGCCAGUAUGAUAACGUAUAUACAAAAAAUUGUGUGAUAAAGGCACUUAAAUGUUAAUGAUGUCAAAUGGAGUUUCGCUGCAAAACUCUAGUGGAGAUCACUCUCACCCACCACAACCAUGCAAACAAAGAGAAAUUCAAAAAAAGCCAAAAAGUAAUUAACCUUAAGAGUGGAGCGAUAAGGUUAUAGAUUAGACACCUACCCUAAAUGAGGGUUGUCUGGUCUUAUCAUAAAAUAUUUGUUGUUUUUAACUUAGUUUUAAAACCAUCAAAUUCUUCAUACCUUAAAGUCCAUUCCUGGUCCUCUUAAACUGCUCCAAGAGGGGUGGUGUCCUCUAUACAGACAACUUAGCUAUUCAACCCAGAGCCAGGUAUUUAGGCUCUGGAUAAGGUGAGCAGUCACUUAGUUACAUAUUACUCACUAUUUAUCCAUACAUACUAUACUAUAUUGUCCUCUGCUGUGUUGCUUUUGUAUCCUUAUAUUGAGGAAAAGUAUCGUGACCUAAAGGGGAAAGUGCCACCAGACGGCACUAAAGCGGAAGAGAUUUGAGCCUGUCCUAUUCUAGGCUCUUCCAUAUGUGAGUUGGCACUUCAUAAGAUAAUCUUACGACAUAUGUCAACCACACAGAUUUAUACUACAGUAUAUACUCGAGUAUAAGUCUAGUUUUUCAGCACAUUUUUUGUGCUUAAAAACCCCCACUCGACUUAUACUCGAGUCACUGUCUGUAUUAUGGCAACUUAGAGAGCCGCGACCAUCAGAGCCAUGGCAACGAUCCGCGCGGCAACCAGACCGCGAGACUUACAGUGGAGCUGACCGGAACGGAGGAGAAGGGAGCUGACAGGAGCUGCAGGAAAGGUAAGUAAAUGCCUCCUGCCGGCCCCCCCACUUCACAGCCCAUGCCACUGGACCACCAGGGAUUAAGAUAGCCCCCUACCUGACCAGUUAACAAGCAGGCAGGGGGGGACAAUUUUUUUUUUUUUUUAAAUAAUAAAAAAAUAAUAAUAUUAAAAUAAAAAAAAUUUUAAAUAAUAAAAAUGCCCUCCCCCCACCCAUUUCACACACACUACACAAACACACACUCUGCAUUAUAUACACACUCUGCAUUAUAUACACAGAGUGUGUGUAUAUAAUGCAGAGUGUGUGUUUGAAUGAGUGUGUGUGUGUAUAUAAUGCAGAGUGUGUGUUUGUAUAAGUGUGUGUGUAUAUAAUGCAGAGUGUGUGUUUGUAUGAGUGUGUGUGUAUAUAAUUAUAAAAAUCACAGAAUUUCAUAGCCCCAAGUUUUACCCUCGACUUAUCCACGAGGCAUAGCAUAUUUCACAAUUGUUGGUCACAAAACUGCACUCGACUUAUACAUGAGAUCGACUUAUACACGAGUAUAUACGGUAUGUAUUUCCUUUUGUGCUUUCUUUCAUAUAUGCAUUGAGACCAACUGGAACACAUUAUAAUUAUUUUAUGAUAAGACCAGACAACCCUCAUUUAGGGUAGGUGUCUAAUCUAUAACUUUAUCGCUCCACUCUUAAGGUUAAUUCCUUUUUGGCUUUUUUCCACUUUCUCUUUGUUAGUAUGGUAAAGUGACUGUGCAAAAAAGUAUAAAUAACCUACUCAUAUGAGAGUACAUAGAUCUGCUCUGGUGUUGUAAUGCCUUGGUGGUAUGAUCCCCACGUGGGACAUAUGUAGAUAGGAAGCCAAGAAAAGAUGUAGAGUAUAAUCCAAAAUAAAAACCAAAACAAAUAACACAUAGGUGCUAGAUCCACACUUUAUGCAUUUCACUUCUGAUGAAUCCCCAUCACUUUUAUCACUUCUGAUGAAAUCCCAAGGUGAAACGUGUAAAGUGUGGAUCUAGCACCUACGUGGAUUGUUUUAUAGUACUUUUAUUGAUUUAUUUGUUUGUAGUAAAUUAAAUCAUUUUAAAUCAAAUUUUUUUUUGGAUUAUACUCAUCUUUUAUUGUCUUCCUAUCUACAUAUAUCCUACGUUAGGAUUAUACCACCAGGGCAUUACAACACCAGAGCAGGUCUAUCUCAUGUGAGUAGGUUAUUUAUACGUUUUUUUUUAUUUUUUUAUUGCACAGUCACUUUACCAUACUGACUGGUUUGUCUUUUUAUAUAUGUGAUGUAUUGGAAAGAUGUGCCACUACUUCUGCUGACAAUAUAUCCUGAGACGGGGAUUGUACCGUCAACGCUUAAUACAGCAGAGCUCCGUGAAGCUCUAGAAAGUGUGAGUGUGCUUUUGGCAAAAUACUACAUCUCACUCUCCUGUUAUUUGACAUAUUGCACUAUUAUGUUUUUGUCUCUCUGUUUCUUUGAGAUAAUCAGUUACUGUGUAUAUCCGAAUAGAGGAUUCUAUCAACAUAUGUACCUGUUAUGUGAUUUCACAGAAUGGUUAUCUAUUUAGGCGCGGCUAUGUAUAUUUUUUUUCUGUUUUUCUUCUUACAUGUUGUUUUUGUUCUUUUUCUUAUACCCUUUUUAUUUGUUUAUUGAUUUAAAUUUGUUUUUAUUUUUUAGAUACGAACACUAGAAGAUGGAGUUUUUUAUUGCAAGACUACCAAAAACUGAGUAAGCUUUCUGCACAUCUUUCAGUUCUGAGCUAAAUUCCAUGUAAUAAAUGUCAUUUUUAAACGUUUGUAAUUUAAUGAAUUCUUAAAAGCAUCUUGCCGAAUCUGAUUUGUUUAUGAGAAGCAGUAAAAAUGCACCAUUAGCAUAUCUUGUGUACACUAUAUAAUCCCCCAAAAAUCAAGAAUUAAGUGUAAAAAAUAAAUUCCUGUCUGUUUCUUCAAUUAGCGAUGCAACAUCCCUAACAUUAUACUCAUCAAGUCUGGAUGUGUUGCGUUAACCCGCUGUGACAGUCUCCUGGUGAUGUGCGUCCCCUCUAAGAGUUUUAUAAUAGCAGUGCUACAGUUAGUAUAAGCUGCAGAGUGUGAUUAUUUAUUUUUUAAGUUUAUUGGAUUUUCUUUACAAAAGAUCCAUUUACAUAGUUACAUGGCUGAAAAGAGACUUGCGUUCAGCCUUCCCCACAUAUGUUUUUGCUGUUGAUCCAAAAGAAGGCAAAAAAAACCAGUUAGAAGCACUUCUAAUUUUGCAACAAACUAGGAAAAAAUUCCUUCUUGACCCCAGAAUGGCAGUCAGAUUAAUCCUUGGAUCAAGCAGUUAUUACCCAACAUUGAAAGAUUAUAUCCUUGAAUAUUCUGUUCUUGCAAGUAUGCAUCUAGUAGCUGUUUGAAAAUCUGUAUGGACUCUGAUAAAACCACUUCUUCAGGCAGAGAAUUCCACAUCCUGAUUGUUCUUACCGUAAAAAAAAAAAACAACCAAACUUUUCUUUGCCUUAGACAAAAUUAGUCUUUCUUCCAGUCUAAACGCAUGACCUCGUGUCAUAUAUAAAGUAUUGGCCCAGAUUAUAUUUGUAUAAUGUUAUCAUAUCCCCUCUCAGGCGACGUUUUUCUAAACUAAAGAGGUUUAAAUUUAACUAUUUGAACUAUUCCAGGACAGUCCCUCAUAGUAAGUACUUACAAAGAACCUUGCCCUCCAGUGGUUUUUUAGCCAUGCUUGUUUGCAGUUUGUUGUGACCUCCAGGUUGACAGCAGAGAUAUGAAAGAAAACCAAAAUGCAAUUUAUACACGUGUACAGGUUAUGCUUUACAAAGAAUGAUAUAUUUUGCAUAAACAUUAUAAUUUAAGGAAAAUAUAUGUACAUAAUGAUCACUUAUUGCUUUGAAUACAGGAUACAUAUUGCUUUGAAAAAUAUAAAUUGUAAUGGUGCUUAGACUGAACCUCUUCAAAUCUUCUAUAAUGUGUAAAUUCUGAUUUUAAAAAUGUCUUGACAAAUUCCACGAGUCAGAAAGCCACGUAAAACAAAAAUUAUGUCGGGAUCAACUAGGCUUUUUUCUUUCUUGAUGAUCCAGUAGAUUUCAUUGUGGUCAGCGGUAUAAGCCAACCUUCAGAUUGUCUGUACUCCUCCCUCCUAAAUGGUUACAGGCUGUGAUUGGAUACCUGGCCUGCUGUUCGAAAACAAGUAUUUGUAGUUUAUUCACUAAAUACCUCAUUUCUUUUGAAUUGGUUAACACAUAGCCAAGCUGGAGAAUGUUUACUCCUCUGCAAUUUUUAUCUAAAUGUUGAUUUUCAGAGCUCUGUGGAUGAAACAUCUUGAGUUGGAUUAGAAAUUUCAUAAUAGGAUUCAAUGGUAAACUGAAAUAAAUAAAUGUAAAUCUCUGGGCAAGUGAACCUAAUUUGCCAUUUACAAACCUUUUAAUUUAUAAAGUGAUUGCUAUAUGCCAGUGAUGGCUAACCUUGACACCAUAAUUUUUUACUGGACUACAUUUUCCAGGCUAGUUAAGCAUCAUGGGAAAUGUAGUCCAGAAACUAUUUAUGAUGUCAAGGUUAGCCAUCACUGCUAUAUGCACAUCCCAAAGUAAUCAUUAUAGUCUUAGCUUGUCUGUUUGUCUGUGUCAGGAUUACAGAAUGAUCCAGCAUGUAGAAUUGUGUAACACAGAGGACUGAUAGGUAACGUAUACUGGACCUUAGAAUGGCCGGACUAACGUACCAAAGAAUAGUCAGAAAUAGCCGAGGUCAAAGGAUACAGAAAGAGACACAACGAUAAGGAAAAGCCAGGAGUCAGGGAUGCCAGAAAACAGGGAAGUCAAAAACAAUGCCAAAGCCAAAGUCAAAUAACCAGAAUCAAUAAUGCGCUCUCAGACAACCACAAGGGAAACCACGACAGGGCACUGAGUAGGAUGAGAACUGGACCUAAAUACCCCUCCUCUAGAUCUGAUAGGCUGUAACUGGCCUUUAACCCCAAAGGCAGUUAUUAGGUUCCCAUUUGCAUAAUUGCUGCUCAGCAUUAACCUUUCUGUGGAUUUGAUUGCUGCUCGGCACAACUUUUCCUGUGUGGACAGUAAAUGCCAUUAACCACAUUUUUAUAAGCGGAUGAAUACGUGACAGUCUGCCCCUUAAAGUUAGUAGUUAAUUCAUAAACUGAAAAUUCUAUACAACAGUAAUUGCUAAUUGCAGUUAGGGGACUAGAACGCCCUGAUGAUCAGACAGUCCUUUUGGUUUUUAUAUGCUGGGGUUUCUAGUCCUUCUGAAGCGGGCUACCCCAGAUCUGUGGGCCAUUCUCGGAUCCUGCGCUGGCCUACUUAUUCCCGUCUCCUAGAAGAAGCUUGAUAUGGACAUGUUUACUCGUUCCUUUUGCUGUUAUUAACUGCCAAUUUUACUCCAGAAAAUAACUAUUUUUCAUUUGCUUGCAACCAGCAUUUAUGAGUGAAAAUCCUGGCUUUCUUUAUCCGUAAAAGUGCUGAAAACACAGAAUUACAUAUAAACUGAGAUCUUGCUGUCGGAAAAAUAAAACUUGCUUUUUUUUCUUUUUUUUCCCCUGUUUGUGACUGUUGGAGAUUCAUACAUAUUUACUUUGCUAAAUGAAGUUUAUAAAAAGUAAGUUUAUCUUUGAAAUGAUUUGAUUUUCCUUAUAAUUAUGUAUGAAGCAUUAACACUUCUAUCCACCCACUGCUUCCUGCUACCUCCGAUGCUCUGUCCGUGUUCCAAUAUAUAAUAAAAGGUUAUUUCAGGAGACAAAACCUGACUGUGAUUCAUGCUGGUGCGUCCGUCUCCUUAAUCUUUUAUUUCCAAGUUAUAAAGAAAAUUCCAUAGUAAUAAGCAGGGAAAUUGCUGCAAUUAUAACAUCUCAUAAUUUAGCCUGAACUGUAUUCAUGUGAAAGACCUAAAGAGCUGCUCUUUAUUUAUUUAUAAAAAAAUUAUCUUAGCCGAUUUUAAAGCUGACCCUAGCUGGUUAACUCACUAAGCAGUUCUGGACCAUGAUCACAUUUUCCUAUGCGUAUUGUCUCUUUAUAUUGUAUUGUUGGUAACUCUGUUGUGGGCUACAUUUAUUAAACGAGGCGUUGUGCAUAAUGAAAAAACAAAUUGCAAUUUUUAGGCCAACAUAAUUUUUCCAAAUUAUUAUUAUUAUUUUUUUUUUUUAAAUAUGCCAGGGAACACUUGAACUACAACUCGGUUUAGGAUUAUGGUGUAGAGUCUUUGUUGCUGUCCCCAAAAGCUGUGUCAAACUGUUUCAAUCUAGCGCUCACCCCUGUCCACUCUGCUGCCAGGUUUGCGCCAGUGAGAUGAUAUGACAAAGAGAUAAUAUCCAAUCAAGGAGCACAACCAAUAAUAUGAAAAAAAAAUUUAUUAGAUAGGUACAAAAAAGAUAAAUCUCUCACAAUGCAUAUCAGAACAGAUCAAAGCAUGACUCACAUACUGAUAAUAAACAGAAAAUGAUCAGAAGUUCUAUGAUAACAUCCAAGCAGGUUAUAUAGUUAACAAAUACUUAAACAUCAAUGUAAUCACUAAUUGAUAGAGAUAUCAAAUCUUAACAACCCAUCACAAAAAAAUAUUAUAUAGAAAAACAAAUGCAUACCAGGAUUUGUGAGAAGAGGGAAGAAAAAUCAAUCAGAAAGCCCCCAACGUUUCGGCAAAAGAGAUGCCUUUCUCAAGGGAGCCUGUUGUAAGAGUGAGACUCACCCUUGUAUACCCAAAUAAUAAGAACCUCAAGAAACACCUGAAUGUGAUGGGUGGCCACCCAUAUUGAUUGGGAUCCUCCCAACCAUAAUCACUUGAUUAUGGCUGCCAAAGAAAACAUAAACCAAUCAGAAAAACACAUGUAAAAUGAUCAGUAGUAAAAGAAACAGAAUAUAUCAAUGAAAAUAAAUCUAACUGCAAGGGAAAUUAAACAUAACAUGAUCUGUAUAAGAGGUAAUGACUCAUAAAGAAAAUUAAAUAAAGCAAAUAAUAAUAAUCACACCGUGUCUGACCAAUCAGAGGUAUAUUAAAGCUCCCAAUAUCCCCAGGAGCAUGCCGAGACAUCCACAGUUGUACUUGGAUCAUUAAAUCUGAUCCAUAUUUUGAAUCCCGGUAACGGCUUAACAUAGCAUACACCCACCUAUUCCGAUCGUUCAAACAGCUCGCUAAAGGUGAAAUGAUGAGGUAUGGAACGCACCAUGUGUUCCAAAACAUGGAAUUUGAGUAAUGGCGCAAUAUGUGUAGUGCCCAUGCGCGAGACGUCGCUUGGAAUGCAUCUUGCGUUCCAACAAUACACUAGCCCAUAAGAAAAACAAUGAGGAGUACCCUACCGGUCGGAGGCUAUAAUAGCAUAGACAAAGAAAAUAAAUGAAAUAUAAGAUGUCAAAAGACCUUCAAAUGCAGAAGAAAAAAUAUAAUAGAAAAACCAAAAGGGAGAGCAACAUAAAUCUAGUUAUUAAAAAUAACUAUAUGAAAUAAGCCCAUGUAUAACAUCAUUAUUAUAUUGAAGAACACAAGAUUCCCCUUAGAGACCAUCUAUAAUGUAUUGGUCAGAACAGCUAUAAUGUAUAUAGACAAAGGGUCUCUUAGUUCGUGGGGGCAUGCAAAUCUAGUCAAUGCUCCUCACGAUCAUGAUACAAAAACUGUCUCCAAAGAUAAAUAAUGGCACAAAUAUCAUAUACAUAGCAUCCACAGAGCACGCAAAAAAUCAAAAAGGCUCAUCAAGUACAAAAUGUCCUGGGAAUAUUCAAAGUCCAUAGUUGAUAUGCCAAAAUUAUGCAUCACCAUUUCCAUCCAACAAGUAUGGUUCAGUCCGGAGUAAAGAUUUGUCCAACUUCCAAUGUAGUUAAAUGCUGGACGGGAAGUAUCCCAUCAUCAAUGGGUCACCCAAUUGAAGAGAUCACACAUAAGAAAAAAACUAAAAAAUAGAGAUAAAAAGAAAGCUAAAAUCAUAUAAUAUACAACAAAUCCACAUACAGAGGCAAGAAACGGCAAAAUAAGUGUAGUACAAGAAUCAAAAGAGAGUAUAAUACAUUCCAUAAAACAGAUCAUACGGUCAAAUCGAUUGAGAUCACAAUCCUCAUUCAACCCGCGAGGAAAUAAUGUGCCCAAACGAUAAAACCAUUGAAGUUUCGCCCGUUUGAGUGCGUCUGUAAGGGAACAGCCAGAUUAAGAUUUCUUUAUUCGUUGUAUGGCCUGAAAUCUAGGUUGAGCCACAGAAUGGCCUGAAUCAAGGAAAUGUUUAGCCAAGGGAAUAUGCCGUUUAUUUGCGCGAAUGGUACUUUUGUGUUCCUCAAUACGUAUUGUUAGGGGUCUCGAAGUUUGUCCCACAUAACUAAGUCCACAAGGACUCUCAUUAAAGAGGUCACGAAUCGAUGGAUCACUUUGUAGAAUGUGCCAAUUCUUGUGGAUGAUAUGUUUAACUACUCCAGAUUUAGUCGAAUAUGUAGUAAUGCACGGAAUGCGGUUAGAAGUCUUUUUCUUAUUCUUGCCCUGCGUCUUCAAUAGCGAGGUCCUCUAAGCCUUUAACUUUAUUAAAUGCUUCCUGUAACGAAGUAUCACUGUAGCCACGGGAACGAAAAUCUUGUAUCGUCUUACGUGCUUGGGUAUCAAAAUUCACCUCUUGUGACACAAUUCGUUGAACAUGCAAUAAUUGACUGAAGGGAAGACUACGAAUCAUAUUGACAGGAUGAAGACGGUGCCUUUAAGAAUGCAACCUUUUGAGUUGGCUUAUGGAAUAAAUCAAAACACAAGAUUAAGAUCAAUGAGACAGCCACUAGAGGCUGGAUUAACCCAUUUGUAAACAUAGCAGUUUCUCUGAAACUGCAAUGUUUAUAGAAAAAAGGAUUAAUCCUAGCUGGACCUGGCACCCAGACCACUUCAUUAAGCUGAAGUGGUCUGGGUGCCUAUAGUGGCCCUUUAAUGCCCUAUCUCAUACCCCUGGGAAUCCGCUUGACUGAAGUAUUCCACUAGAGUUUCAACAUGAAGUUGAUAGUUAAUUUCCUUCCUCUGAAGGUAUUCAAAUCUCUUGCAUAACGCUGUACUAUUACUCUGUGAAAAAUAAGGACUAUUAGAAAAACGAGCUAAUACAGCAGGUACCUCUCUGCCUGCGAAUAAACCUUGACACCUGCCCUCCUCUCACACAAAGAACCAAUCUCAUCCAAACACCUAAAGGAAUAAUCAAAGAGAGUUCUAAUUAGUAGUAGGUAGGCACACUCAAUCAAAUAUUGAUAAGAAAAUAACGACACAAAUUAUUUUAAGCCUGGGUGCUCACUUAAAUAAGGUCCUAUUGCUGGUGAUAUAGAGAUACACAUGUAUAUAUUUAUAUAGAAAUCACAUGACAAGCCCAGACUAUUUCUCAUCAACAAAUCAUGCUCUCUCAUUGGUAGGCCUGUACGUUUUUAAUCAUAUUUUGCUCAUGUCCUAGAUCACUUGAUAUAAUCGAAUUUUGGGCAUCAGUCUUACUCAUGAGAUUAUGUACGUGAACAUACCGGUAAUCGUUUGGGAAGUUGCUUAGGAAAUCAUUGUGCGUUUAUAAUUUGAUUCCUUGAAGACACUUUGCUAAUGUGUUUUAAGGUUAAUUUAAAUGAGUUGAUUAGCUCAGCCUCUAAAACUUUAAUCAACCUAUUUAAAUUAAAUUAAUCCAUUAUUCAAAUAAUUGUUGCAGCCUCAAUACUAAUGCAAGAAAGACUCCUAAAAAUGGCAAACCAAAAAUAAUGGCCUGGAAAGGUGUCUAUUUAUUUUUCUUAUUCUCUUUUAAUUAAAGUAACUUUUUAAUGUUCCUACAUUUGGCUAAUGUUUUUCAAUGUGAUACUCUGUACUUUGUACCAGAAACCAUUCACUAAUAAUUACUUGCUUUGUUCUGCAGAGCCAGUGAAUGAAGAAAAAGGAGACCAAUGUUUUGUGCUGUCUGUUUUUAUUUUCAAUUUGAUUUUUUGCGAAUAUAAUUUAUAGCCUCUAUAAUUGCUGCUUAUUAUUUUUAAAUGUACCGCUGCCUAAAUAUUUUCUAAAACUAUGAUAAUCGACCUCUACAUUUGAAUUGUCUGUUCUUUAGUUGCGGCUGUAAAAUGGCCGAUAGGGUUAAUAUACCUCGCGGUGUAUCCUGAUUGUCACAGGUGCACCCGUGGAACCAUCUAGCCGUUUAUCCUUUCAAGGUCCAUGGACAUGGCACCGAACCUUUUGGGUAACAUUGUGUAACUUACUGUAAAGUGCAUUGAGGUCAAUAUGCUGUCUAAGCACAGAUUUUUUUUAUAUUUCUUGUCUUUCUUCUUCCUUAGUGGAAGCUGCGCAUGAGAUCCAGCAGGUUGAGAUUGAGCCGUUACCGAGAUGUGUAGUUCAAGCAUUUGGACCCCAGUUUGAGAAAACCUCCUUAAAUCAUAUGGAGUCACCGGAGGCUGACCUCUCCAAGGUGGAUUCUACUCUUGUGAACAACCUGAUGCCCUUUCAGAGAGAAGGGGUGAAGUGAGUGCCCAUCCAUUUAAAUCCUAUAUAGGUUCGGAAAAUGCUAUAUGUGAGGGCACAGUAGGACAGAUAUGUUGGCAGUGAGUGUCUGAUAAUACUAAUUGAUUCUUAUUCUGUUCCAUGCAGACUCUCCUAGUAACCUAUUCAGACUCUGUCUCUAGGUGUCUGAGUAUUCCUGCUCUUUGUGCUGCUGAUCUGUCUCGUCAUUAUGUUAUUGAGCUGUAGCAUAUACAAUCACUGCUUCAUUAAACAUCUACUGGAUUAUUUUUCUUUCAUCAUGCUUUGUUCAGCAAUGCUCCGACGAGCAAGAGACCACAUUUGGAGACAUGCAAAAUCUGAAUCCACCAUUGUUCAUUAUGAAUGAAUGAUUGUGAUGAGAAUAAGAACACAAGCUAUCACUAGAAUAGAGCGUCAGGAUGAAAUACCAGUCAUGAAAAAGUGUCAUCUACUUGUGCUAACUGAUGUUAUUUGAGUGACAUUUAAACUUGGCCUGUCUUGAUUUACGCAUGGGGCAAAGUGAGCCAUAGACUAUAUCACCGUAGAAUAAGAAAUGGGGCAGACGCAUGUUUAAAUAAACAAAAUAAACAACAUUUUGACUCUAGGGAGCCAAAAAGAGACCAAUAUAAAGGAGUACAAGGGAUGUAGGUUGGCAAACUGUUCAGCCCUACUGCCUUAUCAUUUGGAACUCUGACCUACAGAUACAGCUACUAUCAAUAGAUUCUGCCAUGUAGAAUGUAUUCGCUAUAUUUAGAAUUGAUGAGCUGUUGCAUACAUCUCAUUAUCUGUGUGCUAUGACUUUGUUACCAUUUCUUUGUGUUUAGUGCUAGGCUUCUGUUUAGUUUAAGGUUAUAUUAGUGUUUGGAAUUCUAUAGAAUUGUGUGUGCUUAUUGCCGUCAUUGUGUGUUCUACCUUCCCAGGGGUCUUGUAAAAUUAUACUGGUUAAUAACUAUGGAGCCAGCAUAUUCAGUAGAGCAGUAUAAUGCAUUAUUGGCUACAGUAAUGGGAUUAGUUAAUUAUUUCAUUAAUUUCAGAGUGUCAGGGCAACUUCUAUAUUUGAGUUUAUUAAUUAAAAGCCCAAUUGUAAUCAAUUAAACACGCUAUUACUGUAGCUGUGUUAAUGGUUUUGUACCCAAAUAAUUUUUCCCUUCAUUUAAAAUGUUUUUCAGUUCACUGUGAUUUGGCAUUUGACUAAAUUUCUAUUGCUUAUUUUUUUUCGCGAGAUUAAUUAUUACUUCGGCCUUAAUUUAAUAAGAUUUUCCAUAUUAUUCAGUUCUGUUACAUUAUAUACUGAUAAAUAUUCCCAUAUACUUGGUGACUUUAACAGCAGGGAAUCAUUUGGAAAGAGUGUUAAAUCGACGCCUUAAUGGUUUGAUUUCUUAAUGCUAUAAUUUUUAAACCAUAGAGUGUACAAUUGUAACCGAAAUUAUUCAAUUUAUGUUGCAAUGAGAUUUGUUCAUUGCAGACAGCUGAAAGCCUGUAAAUUCUGACAAUAAAACUGAAUUUCAAUGGAGGUUUAAUAAUUUUGAUUACAAUUGUAGAUACUUUGCCUAUAACUUGAUAUUUGAAUUACCUGUGUCCAUGCAAUGAUGCAAUUCCAUUCUGGCAGAAAUACCAAAAAGUGCAUUCAUAUAAUUUUAGGUUAGGGUAAGGUGAUAUCUCUAUUGCAAACUGUGGAGGCAACAAAAUCCUCUGCUGAGUUUUUGUUUUUAUCCAACUAUUUUCUAUCGUCAUUUUGUAAUUUAAAUGUUGACUCACCAAGACUUAUUGCUUUGCUUACUCAUUUACUUAUUACUUGUUUUGUUUGAUAAAUGUCCAGAUUGCAGGUCCGUCAGUUCUGUGCAAGUUAAGAAUCUCUGUGAAGUAUCCUAGUUCAUAGUUUGUGCCUCCAUACCCUGUCACUGAUGGCUGUAUGCUCUGCAUGCAGUUAGAGCUAAAUGGGAUGUUUCCUCAAGACGUUUGCAGUUCAUUUAGUACCCCUUGAUGUUUUUCGAGAUGGUUGGUGGGGGACAGCAGUUUGUUUCUUGGCGUUAGUAAUUUAUUUAUGUGUUUUUACAUCUUUGUGUCAGGGUAGCAUAUUCUUCUAUUUCUCUCCCUGUUUCUGAAUGACUUGGCAGCAUUUAAUGAACUGUGUGCCUUCCUAUGAGUCCAGAACAGACUGCUUGGAAGCCAUUGGGACAAACGAGCUGGAAGAAUGUAAGCAAGUAACGAAGCACAAAACAGAGCAUAUUUUGCAAGGAAUUCUAUUUUUUAAAGUGAAUGUUUAGAUUAAAAAUCCAAACACAGUGUAAGACUGAAAAUGUGUAUAUUCUUUAAUGAUUCUAUUCCUCCGCUCUGCGUUAAAGCUCCUGCAUCUUUUGGGAUCUCUUUCAGUUUUGCAAUCUCCCGUGAAGGACGCUUGCUCCUUGCUGAUGACAUGGGAUUGGGGAAGACCAUACAGGCUAUCUGUAUCGCAGCAUAUUAUCGGAGUGACUGGCCCCUACUGGUUGUGGCUCCAUCUUCAGUCAGAUACACCUGGGCAGAGGUAGAUACCCAUUCACUUGUUGUUUUCUUUAACAAUAAAUCUCCAUUUAACUCGUGUUCCUCCUUUAAUAUGAUUCUAAUGGAUUCUGUGGACAGUUGAGGUCUUAUUUUAGUGAGCAGGAUCAGACCACAUAUUUAUUUAUAUUUAGGGGACAUUCCCAUUUGUUUUACAGAUCUACCUCUGGAGUAACUGGUAGUGUGUUUGUUAAUGCGGCUGCGAUGGGGGUAAUCUCUGCGUGCUGGACAGAACCCUUUUUCUAAAACGAUGUGACCUGAAAGAGGGAGGAUGCUGGGACACCGUAGGCAAUAUAACCGUUACAGCGAGCUGUAGUGAUUAUGGUAUUUGUAGUGCUCCUUUAAAUAAGUUAGUAAAUCAAACAUUCCAGUGCUGAGAGCCCAUGGGCACUUUUGUCCCAUACGCUGUCAAACCAUUUCGGAGCAGUUUUACAAAAUGAGUUAUUUCCUGCAUCCAUAGGCCACCCUCUGUGCAGGCUCAUUAAUAAUAUGGAAAUUUCACUUCUCUGUUAUCAAAUGCAAAUAUGCCUGAACUUGAAUUAAAGAGCCACUUCACACACACACAAAGCACAUUAGCUUGCUAAGUGAAUUAUGCAAAAAGAGUAUCCCAUCUUAAAGUGAAAAAUCAUGUCCCUGCAGUCUUACUGCUCAAUUCUGUUAUUUAGGAGUUACAUCGCUUUUGUUUCUGUUUGUGCAAAAGGAGGUUCCAGCAAGAUCUAGCAAGCUAUUAACAGAGCAGGAGAUAAAACAUUCUAAAUUAAACAGAAUUUGCAAUAAAGGAAGUGUAAACAUUAGAUGACUCUUUACAGGAAGUGUUUAGGAGGGCUGUGCAAAUCACAUGCAGGGAGGUGUGACUAGGGUUGAAUAGACAUAGGGAUUUAACUCCUAAAUGGAAGAGAAUUGAGCAGUGAGGCUGCAGGGGCAUGUUCUAUACACCAAAACUGCUUAAUUAAGCUAAAGUUGUUUUGGUGACUACAGUGUCCUUUUAAGUGCACUUUAUAAAAUUGCCUAUUUGUAUGUGAAAAUGGCACUUUAAUAACUAAAUUAAAAAACACCUUUUCAGAUCGUUGAUCAAAUAGCGGGGGGAGUAUCCCUCUCUAGCCACUUGUCCUCUCUGGCUGCUUUGUCUGCGGCUUCUGCAGACAUAAGAUCUGCAGUUUUUUGCAAACUGGAGGCAUAUCUUUUAAACAGGAAUUUUUUUUUUUAAAUGUAGAGUGUUUCUUUACCUCUUCUCUUGUCAUAUGUGUAACUUUCUUCCUUUGAUGGUUGACUGAAUAAAACAUUAUCACCUGCUUUGCUUAUAACAUAAUUUCUUGGGACAGUAUUUUACAGCUGAGUCUUGGAGAAGGAGAAAAUAAAACCUUUUCAGCAAUUAUCCAAAAAUUCACUGAUUUCCUUCCUCUCUGGGUCUAUAUUUAGGCUUUCCAUAGGUGGCUACCGUCUGUUAGUCCAGACUCAAUCAGUGUCAUAGUAACCAGUCAGGACAGCAAUAUCAACAGUUUGAUCUACAUAGUUAGCUUUGAUCUCCUCGGAAAGGUGGACAAGCAAGUCACAGCUAACUGCAAGAUCAUCAUUAUCGUAAGUAAUACAGAGAUAUUUGGGAUUUGCAGGAUAUAAACAGCAACCUUCAUAUUUUUGUUGAUUUCAUCUAUUUAAAGGGUUAUAUAUAUAUUAUUUUGUUGAUGUAUUUUAAUUAAAAUAUUAAGUGACAUUUUCUGUUACGUGUUCUGCCCACAUAAGGAUGAAUCCCAUUUUUUGAAGAACGUGAAGACUGCCCGCUGUAAAGCUGCCAUGCCGCUGCUUAAGGUACUUGUUAUAUUGAGGACGAUCCAACUGUCUCCUCCCACUCUCCAAUCCCUUUGUCCACGGCAUCAAGGAAUAAGGCGAUAUCCAGAUUAAACAAAAAACAAUGUUUUGUCUGGAUGUAUGCUCUAGAUCCCAACAACAAUUACAUACAAAGUGUAACACACACACCACCACCACCCCAUGCACAUUACAUCACAUGGUGAUAUACAAAGCUAUUAUUUAUAUAACGCCAGCAAUUUCCGUAGCGUUGUACAAAUGGUUAACUGAACAGAGGAAGUUCCCUUGUCAAUUCCUGGGGAAUUCACGUGUAAUGAAGGACUAAUGUAAAGGGUAGUAUUUACCUAGACAAGUUUUCCAGUGGAAGCAGUAAAAGCUAAUAGUGAUAUGGGAAGGGUAGUAGAUACCUGGAAUAGCCUUCCAGUGGGAGCAGUAACAGUGAUAUAGAAAGGGUAGUAGAUACCUGGAUUAGCCUUCCAGUGGAAGCAGUAACAGUGAUAUAGAAAGGGUAGUAGAUACCUGGAAUAGCCUUCCAGUGGGAGCAGUAACAGUGAUAUAGAAAGGGUAGUAGAUACCUGGAAUAGCCUUCCAAUGGAAGCAGUAAAGGCUAACAGUGAUAUAGAAAAGGUAGUAGAUACCUGGAAUAGCCUUCCAGUGGGAGCAGUAACAGUGAUAUAGAAAGGGUAGUAGAUACCUGGAAUAGCCUUCCAGUGGGUGCAGUAACAGUGAUAUGGAAAGGUUAGUAGGUACCUUGGAAUAGCCUUCCAGUGGGAGCAGUAACAGUGAUAUGGAAAGGGUAGUAGAUACCUGGAAUAGCCUUCCAGUGGGAGCAGUAACAGUGAUAUAGAAAGGGUAGUAGGUGCUUGGAAUAGCCUUCCAGUGGGAGCAGUAACAGUGAUAUAGAAAGGGUAGUAGGUGCCUUGGAAUAGCCUUCCACUGGGAGCAGUAACAGUGAUAUAGAAAGGGUAGUAGAUACCUGGAAUAGCCUUCCAGUGGGAGCAGUAACAGUGAUAUGGAAAGGGUACUAGAUACCUGGAAUAGCCUUCCAGUGGGAGCAGUAACAGUGCUAUAGAAAGGGUAGUAGAUGCCUGGAAUAGCCUUCCAGUGGGAGCAGUAAAGUUAAUAGUGAUACAGAAAGGGUAGUAGAUACUUGGAAUAGCCUUCCAGUGGGAGCAGUAACAGUGAUAUGGAAAGGGUACUAGAUAACUGGAAUAGCCUUCCAGUGGGAGCAGUGAAUGUUAGCACAAUAUAGGAAUUAAAGUAUAUUUAUCAUGUGUAUACGCCUAUGUUUAUGAAAAAAUUAAGCAUAAUAAUGCUUAAAUUUCAUAAAGUGCAGAAGAGAUGGAUAUAUUGUUUUUCUGCUGUUACAAUCUAGACUUUGGGGAGCAUUACUAUUAUGCUUUAUUAAUGUGGAACAAUUUUGAAUGUACUUCAGCACCCAUUAUUAGAUGUAAUGUGAAGGGGAUUACUGGUUCUUUUGUUUGAUUCACAGAGUGUUAAGCGAGUGAUCUUAUUGUCUGGCACGCCAGCCAUGUCCAGACCUUCUGAGCUCUAUAGCCAGAUCGCAGCUGUAAGACCAACCUUCUUCCCUCGAUUUCAUGACUUUGGAGUCCGCUACUGUGAUGCCAAGCAGGUGAGCUGUGUUCUGAAACUGUUUUGAAACUCCUUGUUACCUGUUGGAACAGUGCCCAAAUUGUUUCUCUUUCACAGAUGCCUUGGGGUUGGGAUUACUCGGGUUCUUCUAAUCUGAAUGAGCUGAAACUACUUCUGGAAGAGUCUAUAAUGAUCCGAAGGCUGAAAUCUGAAGUCCUGUCCCAGUUGCCUUCUAAACAGCGCAAAAUGGUUGUGAUCGCCCCUGGUGUUAGCAACAAAAUGAAGAAAGUUCUUAAAGAAGCAGCCAACGAUACUGAAAGAAAAUUAAAGGCCGUGAGUGUUGCUAAUAUUCUGAAUUUAUACUAAUUGCAGCUGUUUGGUCUUGUAAGUUUAAUUCACAUCUAUCCUCUGCGAACGAUCUCAUAACUUGUCUAAUCUUAAGCGUUGGAUUGGAGCAUUGCGGGGGCCUCCAUGACAUCAUGAGAGGCUCUGUCCUUAAGUUGGCAGCACGGCAGCACAGCAGCACCAGCACCCACGCUCAGAACUUCAGACAGACUAACUGUAACUCACUUUGUUCAGAUCUGUGUUUUGCAAACUUCCUGAUAGUGAGGGGGUUAAAUUGGUGGACGCUAUAGCUAAUAUAAGGACAUGGGUACUAUAGCGUCGGGAAUUUAAAGGGAAACUGUCAGCAAAUGUACAACUGUGUUCCUUUAAAGGGGAACUGUCCGCAAAUGUACAACUUUCACUCUGACCCUCUCAGCCUAUUCUUGGUACACAGUGCUUAGUGUUCCAAGCUUUCAUGCGGAUUCAUGCGGAUGGGGCAGAGCCGAAAGGUGACUGACCGAAGACUUUGUGGUUAAACCUUUCACCAUUAAAUCAUUAGUAAACUGAAGGUAAACUGGAACCAUAACAACGUAAUUCUAGCUAGUUGUUAUGGUGCUCAGUGUUUUCUUUGUGUUUCUAGAACUCAGAACAUUAUUUUAAUAACAUGCUAGUUUUAUCUUAAUGCAGAAUGAUGGUUUCUUUUUAUUUAUUUUUUUAUACUUUACUGUUUUACAGCACUUUUUGCUCAGUAGAACAAGCAUACCAAAUGUUGCUCUUAAGGCGUCACUUGAAAAGCUGCAUUAAGGAAAUGCAGAGAUACAGAUCAGUGCUUCGGGCAGACCAUAAAAAGCAAUUCUGAUUUUUAAAUUGAAUCACAAGUUUACAUUUUUGGAAGAGAAAUUAUUAUUUUUCUCUUAGUAUCGAAGAGCAUCAACUCCUUCUAAACCAGACGAGUGUAAAAUUAAAAGUUUUUAUUUCCAGAGAGGAAUAAUAAUCUUAUUAAUUAAAAAUAAAAGCAGAGUUUGCAGAGACUUUAGGCAGACAUCCAUUGUCAGUAAUGACUGUUCUCACAAAUCACAAUCUACAUGUGAUGUCAGUCUGUGCAGUGCGUCACUAUACGAGGAAAUUGCAUUCUAUCCCAUGAAAUGACAUGAUCGUUUAAAUGGGAAACUAUUUCCGUCGUGUUUAUUUUUCUCAUUAAUCCCCAAACUGGUGUAAACAUGUAGCCAAAAUGUAAAACUCAGACUAAAAUAGACAAGCUUUGACUAUAGUAAAAACAAAGAAAACGUUACCUGCGCUCUGGCCUAAAUCCCCAUGUGGGUUUAAACAGAAAUGGAGGCUCUUUGGUUUUAUUCUAAUGGCCAUUUGAAUAUGUAAGCUCACCUGCCACGUCAAGGCAAGCCUCAAUAGGUGAGUUCCUACACUAGCCAUUAGAUAUGCCGAUAUCAGCCAUGAGUCUCCAAUGAGACAGGAAGGGGUAUUUUAUAAACCCUUUAACAUUUAACCCUUUAUAGGGCUUCUGCACAUACAAUAAACUUUGCUGAUAUCAGCGCGGUGCUUUAUCUUUAAGCUUUGACUAUAAGUUAGUUGGAGAAUUGUUCCGGCUCUUUCUGGCUACAUUUUGCGAUGCAGUUUUCAGUUCUCUGGAACUUGCUGGUUAGUGAAUAAAGUGUGUAAUAAGUCUUACCUGAAUCUUUUCUUACCAUGGUGACGACCUAUUCUGUGUCACCUCUAUUACAGAAAGUUCGGGUACAUGAAGCUCUUUUCCAGUUUUACAUUCAGACCGCGCAGGCCAAGCUGUCCUCUGUCAUGUGAGUGAAUAAUCAAAGGGAUUUACAGUGGGGAAUGUCCUGGUAGCCCUCAAUUGAUGUAAAUGAAUUACUUAAAGGGGCUUUCCAAGCACCAAAUGUACAAGAAUUGACCUGUUCGAUAUAGACCUGUUGAUGAGUAAAUGUGUUAUUUAGGUUGGACAUCAUUUAUUUUUUUCUACAUGAUUACAUGUUCCUUAGGGGUUGAGGUAUUGAUUCAUUUAAACACUGAUGGAUUUCAAGUCACAUUAAAUAAAUAAAUAAAUAUAUAUAUAUAUAUAUAGGGCUAGACCGAUAAUCGGUUCGGCUGAUAUUAUCAGUAUCGGCCACUAUUUACACCGAUAUUGCCGAUAAUGUGAGAGGCGGCGGAGGCCCAGUACACCCUGGGCUGGCACGUCCAUAAGGUGGAGAGGAUCACGAAGGGACAGGGAGGGAGAGGAACACUACAUAUUCUUGAAAACAAAAAAACUGACUGGCAUGUAUAUUUUGUACAUUUACCACUUGAUUAAAAAAAAGAUUUUCUAAAAAAAAUAUAUUUAAUAAACAUGCUCAGUAAACACUAGAUUUGUGUAGAAUUUUUUUUCAAAACUGAAAAUGUACAGAGUAUCGGUAAGUAAUCGGCUAUCGGCCUAAAAGUUCAGAGUAUCGGUAUCUGCUCUAAAAAAAUCAAUAUCGGUCAAUCCCUAAUAAAUAUAUAUAUAUAUAUAUAUAUAUCUCCCAAAAGUGUAGUUUGGUACAAACUAAGUCUGCUGUACAGUAAUGAUUCUUUCUCAAGCAUGUCCAAAAGCACCAACACAACUUGAACAAGUGUUGGUGCUCAGAUAUUCCUAAUUUCUUCCAAUGAUUUCACUUUGUUCUAUCAGAGAGUACAUCGUUGAUUUGCUGGAGAGUGGGCGGCAGAAGUUCCUUGUGUUUGGCCAUCACAAGCUGACCCUGGAUGGAAUCUCUGAAGAGCUGACUAAUCGGGUAAAGGCUUCUGCUUGGCACUGUAAAUUAUGUUUUUUUUUCAAUUUUGUUUCUAAUUGUAAUUAUUUUGGCCAAUCCUUGUUUUAAAGGGGCAUUCUAAGCACCAUACCAACCAAAGCUCAUUGUAGUAAAUAUUGUGCGAAGGCCAGGGUGGAAUAGGUACCAGUGGAGCUUCCCUUUUAUGUCAAACCACUCAAAAAGAAGGUUUUGAUAUAAAUUGAGGGUACGGUGCCUAUGGAUACUUUGUAUUGUUAGCCAGAGUGUACUAGGUUUGGUAUGUAGUGCGACAGAUGUUUAAAUUGCACCCACUGUAUAAUACAUAGAUUGAGAAUGUUGGUGCAAUGCUAGAUACAACUGGUAAACAUUUCUUCAGAAAGCUAGGAGAAGUUAUGCUAUAUAAUACAAAUCACACAUGUUACAGACCGUAAAAGCUCAGGUGUUCUGAUUGGUUUUAAUAUAUCUAUAUGUUUACAGCAAAACUUCUUCAUUUAUAACACUGAGAUUUUAUAUGUGGGGCUCAGGAGACAUCAUCAUAAACCGGGAGAUCCUGGUUAGGUUUAUAAAGAAUUCCGAUUUCGCAUUCUGUUCUCCUAGAGAGCAGAACUAAAAUGGCAGCAGUGUAGCUUUCACUAAUCUCAGGCAGACAGACAUGUAUGUCCCAUUUCUUCUCCGUAACAGAGACCCCUAUAGUGCAGUGUGGCAAACCUUGCAGUAUUCCCUGUUUAUUCUAAUGAAUAGUUUCACGGAUUACAUCGCUAUUCUAACUAAACAAGGAUCUGUCUGCUGAAAUAAAGGACCAUCAAAGUAUUUCCCUGUAAUCGAACACUUCUCCCUAGUGUUUAUAUUUUUAUCACCUGCAAAUCUUUGACAAAACUGGGAAUAUUGCCAGGCUUCUGGGACUCCUUACAGUGUAGCAUUUAUUAAUUUAACUCCCUUAAAUUGGAGGUAACACAGGGGGUUUCUCGUCCUUCUAUUACACAACUGAAAGAGAUGGUGCUAGAAUGGGGAAAAUGGUUUAAAGGUCAUUUAAAACACUACAUCAUGAAGUCUUAGAACAAAUUGCAUUGAAUCACCGUGCACUCAGUAGAUUUGUUAAAAUCAUCGAAUGUCAUAUUUGAGUUUAGGACAUUUUUUAAAUUUUUUUUAUUUAUUUAUUUAUUUAUUUAUUUUAAAUCUUGCAUCAAACAAUAUUUUUUUAGUUUGAUCUUUUAAAUGAAGUCUUGCUAUUUACAUUAAUUGUUCUCAAAAAUGCCAUCUGACAAGGGACAGAGAAGAUUUUUAUGCAGUUAGUAUUUCCCUACUUUUACAGUAAUUACUUACAAGACUGCAAUGCAUUUUCGAUUAAUUUAUUUGCUGCAAGUGGCUUUUGCAAUCUAUUUGUUUAUUGAAUUUAGUGUGACCUAAUUUGCAAACAUAACCAACCACAAUAUCCCAUAAAACUGCAGCUUUUACAGUGUGAACAUGAUGACACCAGUCUCAGGAAAUGGACUUAUGUGAACUUUGUUACUUUAUAUUGCUUGGAUGAGAUUUAACUUAUUAAAUAGCGGAACCAGGGCACUGACUAUGCCUCUUUUAUUAUUAAUCCAAGUUGUCACUUUUUUUCCCUCCAGAAAGUGGAUUACAUCCGUAUUGACGGCACCACCUCGUCAUCAGACCGCCAGAUGUUAUGCAAGAAAUUCCAGUUCUCGGAGGACACGUGUGUUGCUGUCUUGUCUUUAAGAGCUGCCAACAUGGGACUGACACUUUCUAGUGCUGACUUGGUUGUAUUUGCUGAGCUGUUCUGGAAUCCUGGAGUAAGGCUCUGUCCUGCUUUAAUCCUACCAAAGAUUUAAAAAUGUGUAUUAAAUUCCAUUUUAAUAUCUCCUUCCAACUCACAUACACAUGUUGUUUAAACAUGUGAAUUAGAUAUAACCUAGGUAAUUUUAGGUUAAAUGUAGUAUCCAUUGUACACACACUCAGAUUGAACAGAGCUUGCCCUAGAUUGAACCUAGACUAUUUGCUGCAUGUUGUGUGAAGGAUACAUUGCAUAGAUACUCCCACUUUAUAAUCAUUAUCUGAAGAAAUGAUAUAAAAUGAACACAAGGUACUUACUAACUGCAAUAAAAUUAAAUCCUAAUGGUCAAAAAAGAUUCUGACUAUUAUAGAAUGAAUAAGAAGGAAUAAGACAAAUAGUUAAACAAAGCUCUUAAACUGAAAAAACAGGGUCUCAUCAAAUCCCAUACAUGUACAUAGAAUAAAUUAUCAAAGAAUAUCCAGGAGCUUAUAUUAACAGUAGUAUUAACACAUAUAUUGUGUAAAUAUAAUUAGAGAAGUAUAAGGAGCAAAAUGGGAAAUGUCAUUAGAAAGUCCAAAUGAUAAUUGUAAACCAAAGCAGUCCAAAAGGAGAGGAGUCCUACUGUUAAUAUAAGCUCCUGGAUAUUCUUUGAUACUUACUAACUGCAGUUUGGACCAGUGACACAAAUCUGGGAUUGUCUUGAAUACUAUAGAAAUAGUAUCCCAUUCUGCAAUGGGAAGUAAAAAGAAUGCUUAUGUUUAAAGAGAAAAUAUGAUUUUAUUUUUUUCUCUCCCCAAUAAGUGCUGUUUACUGGGAUUAGGUGUACAGAGGCAAGUAUUAAACAAAGAAGCCUUCACUGCACUACGAGGUGUAUAUGUCAUCAGUUACCCAAUAUACUUUGCAUGUGCUUUCACUCCAGAGGAUCAUGGAACAUUUUAGAAUUUGCAUUGAAAGCCAGGCAGUGCCAGUAUAGCCUUGCAUUUCAUGAAAAUUACAAUGGGUGGGGGGGAAUAACAAUUGAUAGCUCUAGUUUACCCUUAGAAUGUGCCUGUCCCAAAAUUGCAGUUCUUCUGUGAUACUUAGAACCUAACAGAGCUGCUCUUUAACUCAUGCUCUUAUACUAAUCUCUAAGAGUAAUAAAGCAGAUAGCUGACUGCAGUGGGCUGGGAUGCAGAGAAUAUAAAUUAUUUAUAUGUAGUGUGCUUCACUAGCUUUGUGGAAUAAGAGAUCUGGGGCAGUACAGCUCAGCAGAGUCUGGGCUGUCUCCAAGGCCAGCAACAUCAGGCUAUUGGUAAACUGCAAACAAGCAAUAGUAAGUUCUUAUAAUGGGUAACUCUUUAAACCCUUGAAUUGAGACUUCAAAUUUAAUGUGUGUUCAAACACAUCAUGGUAACAAGCAUACAAAACAACCCAAAUCUUAAACUUAACCAGAUUUGUAUAUCCAGUAACUCGGAUUCCAAAGGCAGUCAACAUGGUUUGUAGCUCUACCAAACCAAAAGAUCUAUAGAUCUAAAAUCCCCAUAGGAUCCAGUUUCUGGCAGGAGAUGUGCACUUUAACGGAACACUCCUGACCCUUAAAUCGCUUCGGCUUACUUCCCGAUACUCAUACAGACCAGGGAGGUUUUCUUCCCCUCUGUGAAGCUAACCGAAGUGCCGCCACGCAGGGCCAGAGCACACUGCUUCCCCCCUUUUCAAUGAACUUUACUACAGCGCAUUGAAAAGCUGAUUGUGUGCAUGGAGGCUUCUCAGUGAGAAGCUCUGAUUGGUGUAUUCCCCUGCACACACUGAAAGAGAGGACGGCUCGCAAACUGGUUUGUCAUGUAGCUCCAAAUUAAACAUGCAAAAAAAAGGGACAGAGAAGAUGACAAAAAAACAGGCAUGUUUUCUUUGGGGUAUAUUUACUAAGUUAUUCAAACAAAAAAAGUUUUGUUUUUUUUUUGUUUGUUUUAAACUUCCACGAAUGCACUCAAUGUUGUUAAUUAAAAGUAAAUGAUUACAAAGCCAAGUUUAAGUGAAAAUUGGAGAAAAGAUAUUCCUUACAAUUUAAAAACCUCUUUCCUUUUUGCUCCAUAUUUAGUACUUUGCAGCAAAACAGCCCAAGUUUUAUGUCUAUAAAUCGCCUCUCCGUAUUCAAUAGUUGUUUGCUUCACAAUUUUGGAAGUCAGAUUUGCUCAAAUAGACUAAUUAUCUGUUUCACAACACUUGAUUGUCCAGGAAUUCUGUUUAGGGAUUAUGGUUUUACAGAACACUGCAUGUUCUGAUCUGAUUGUCCAAUCAGGUGCCUUGUUUGGAUCUGACCGGAACAGAUUAAGGCAAAGUGAAGUGCACAAGUAGCGCCCCCUCUGUACUUAUUGAAACUCUUGAAUGUAGAAAUCGAAGGGAGGGCGAGGACAAGCAAUUAAUUUCUUCCUCUGUUCUCUGACCUUUCACAGAACAUAGUGCUUAUCUAUAAUUGUAAGAACUAUCAUCAGCAACCUUUCCUACUGCUUGUUUAACACAGCAAUUCAGGACAUUUUCUAAAUAUACUACAGGUCAUUUAAGGGAUGUCUUUGUGUAUAAUUGUUGGGGAUUUUAAUUGAACAUUUACACGGUUACUCUCUGACCUGACAAUUGAAGGAAAGUGAAUUAAAGGUAAGAUUCACGGUUGAGGGUUUACUCCCAAGUGCCAUGACCAGCUGCAGUUAGUUGAAUACAAACUUUCUUGCAUGUGAACUACACAUGCAUAUCUGGACAUUUUCGAACAGACAUUGUGCAAGUUUCUUAUUGUGUGAAUGUCAGUCAUGCUUCUGUCAGUAUGGUUGCAUUGUGCUCUAUUGCGCAUUUGUGAUAAUCGCUCACGUGCCAUGCAAUACAUGGGGUACUUCUCAUUCUGCUAUGAGACUACGUGAGCAUGUUGUUUUCUCUGGCAACUGCUAUUCUCUAAGAUAAAGAAUACGAUAUUGAUAAAACAAAAUCUUUUAAAGAUAUAUUAAUUGACAGAAUGGAUUUUAAUAUUGUAGGAAGGUAAUUAAAUGUAAUUGCUGGUGCCUUAAUGUAUGUCCUGCUUUCUGCUUGCAGGAAUAUAAAAUGGAAGAUAAAAUUGUUAAAGAUUCAGAGUCUGUAUACAUUUGUUAUAUUCUUGUUACACGCUAAUAUUUGUAUUUGUUCUGUUCUAGGUUCUGAUCCAAGCAGAAGAUCGGGCUCAUAGAAUCGGACAGACAAGUUCAGUGAACAUUCACUAUCUUGUUGCGAAAGGCACAGCUGAUGACUAUUUAUGGUAGGCAGCUGACUGUGGGGAUGAUGAGACUGUUAGUGUAGCUCGUGGAUCACUAGUGUUGUGCACAUGACAUUUUUAUAAUGAGCCAUUUCAUAGAUCUGGAUUUGUUAAGAUAUAAUCUGAAAGUGCUCUCAAUAGUGUUCUUUUCCAUGGUACAAUAAAGUUGUUGAAUUAUGCUACUCUAAGCAUGUAGACUGUAACCGGAAUCAUUCUGUAUAUGAUUUAAUACAUCACUUUUUCUCUGCUUCCCAUUUCCCUCAUAAAAGUGAUAAUCUCCCCAGAUUAUUACCUGAGCCUUUACCUACUUAAAACCAAUACGUGCACCGCUCACUUUUGACUUUGUGAAUUUUAGAAGCAAUCUGAUAAUGAGCAGCUCUGCCAUGUCCCAUUGGGGUCAGACCAUCCCAAGUUUAAAGUGAAAGGGAUACUUUUAGCACCAAAACAACUUCAUCUUACUAAAGCCGUUUUGGUGUAUAGACCAUGCCCCUGCAGUCUCACUGCUCAGUUCUCAUUUAGGAGUUAAAUAAUUUUUUGUUUCUGUUUUUGCAGCCCUAUCAACAACUUCCCUGGCAGUGACUGACACAACCUCUGGAAAACACGCUUUAAUUUUCAAUCAGAUCUUACGGUAUAAUGUGUUUUCUUUAGAGGUUUGUAGCUACUGCGCUGUAAAUUGAACUUUAGUCACACACAGGGGAGCUCCUGUAGGCUGCAGCAGGCUUUAACAGAGCAGUAGAUAAGACCUUCUAAAUGAAACACAAUGUGCAAUAAGUUUAAACAUUGGUUCUGUCUUCAUAGGAAGUGUGAGAAGACUUGGUAAGUCACAUCCAGAGGAAGUGUGGCUAGACUGCAUAAACAAAGUGAAUUAACUCCUAAAUGGUAGAAAAUUGAGCAGUUGGACUGCAGGGGCAUGAUCUAUACAUCAAUACCACUCCAUUCAGCAGAAGUUGUGUUUGUGCUUACAGUGCCCCUUUAAGUCUCCAAAUAUCUGUAUUCGUCUGGAUUUAUUGUAAAGAUAUAUGGUUAAGUCUUUUGUGAGUUACAGGGCUCUGUCUCUGGAGAGCUACUGGGUUCAGUAUCCAGUGUAUAUUGACACUAAGUAGUUGCAUAUUUUGCAAAGACCCCCAUAAAGUGACAUCUCUGGUUUGGGUCAAGUAGCCAUUGUGUGCAGUCAAAGGUAAGUUCACUUAUCUAAUGCUGUCCCUUGUGACCCCUGCCAUCUUCUUCCUGUACGUGCUCUUCGGCUCCUGGUGCUUCAUUUGCGCAUGCAUGAGAGUAUAACAUUAAAGUUUCUGGAGGGUCCUGCAAGACUGUGAGAGCCUCUAUAGAUGGCAUUUUGCAAUGAGCAAGACUAUAAAUAAAUCCCACAUACAUCACGUGUGAUGACUGCUAGGAUUGGACAAAACUGCUAGGAUUUGCCAACCUAAGAUUUACCUACUUUAUCUCAUGGUAUGUUUGGUUUCAACGAAAUUCCAAGACAGCAGAAUAUGUAUUUAAGAAAGAUUUAAUCUUUAUGAAAUACUAAGAGGUGACACAGCUUUAACAUAAUAAAUGGGUUACCAACGUCAUUGAUGGUACUUCUGACUCUGCGAGGGAUAAAAUUAUAUAAGUAUGUGGGAUAAUGCAUGCCAGUGAAGAGGUUAUGAGUGACAGAGAUGUCUUCGACAUGAAACACAAUUUUGAAUUUGAGUGCUUCAAUAUUUAGUGCUUUGUUGUCUAGUAAGAAAGAUGUAUUGAUUCCGUGUGCUUAUGUUUGACUAGUAAAAUCUGUGUGUUUGUGUCAUAUUAUUCUUUUUCAGGCCAAUAAUUCAGAGAAAGAUUGAUGUUCUCGGACAGGCUGGGUUAUCGGAGUCUGCUUUUUCUGAGAACACAGAAUCUACAGAUUUUUUGAAAAAGGUAAGUCAGAUUCCAAACACUUAGUUGCCUGCUCAGCCAUUUGCUAAGCAAAAAUGAAUAUUAUACACUUAACAAAUAGAAAUAUGGUCGAUCAGGGAGCACUGCUUAUGUAACCAAAGACACUGAGGGUAAAAAUAGGAGUUUCUUAUAUAUUCAUGUUGCAAAAUAAUAAUGUAAACAUUUUACCUUACAAUGUAGUCACCAAAACAACUUUAGCUCAAUGAAACCCCUGCAGUCUCACUGCUCAAUUCUGUCAUUUAGGAGUUAAAUCAAUUUGUUUAUACAGCCCGAUUUACACCUCCCUACAGGUGACUUGCACAGCCUUCCUAAACACUUUCUGUAAAAUGUCAUCUAAUGUUUAUACUUCCCUUAUUGUAAAUUCACAUAGAUUUAGAAUUUCGUAUCUCCUGCUCUGUUAAUAACUUGCUAGACCCAGCGUAAUUAAAAGUUCAAUUUACAGAGCAGAAGAUGAUGAAUCUGAGUAAGUUACCAUCUAAAUGAAAAUGAAACAUUUUUUUCAUGCAGGCUGUGUCAGUCACAGCCAGAGUAGAUGUGGCAAAAGUGAUUUAACUCCCAAAUGGCGAGGCAUGAUUUAUACACGCAAACUGCUUCUUUAAGAUAGUUGUUUUGGUGACUAUAGUGUCCCUUUAAAUAAUAAAAAAAUGACUGUUUUCCUUCAUUGAUUUCUUGUAGGAUCCGAAACAGAUGAUUCUUGAUGAUCUAUUCAUGGUGUCUAACACGGAGGACAGAGAUAUUGAUAAUGUAGAUAAUGUAGAUGAAGCUUUAUUUCUAAAGGCCUGUGAGGAAGUGGAACAAGAAACUCCGCUGGACUACAGCUCAGACGAAUACGUGGCAAGCCCCUCCAAAAAAAGGAGAACCGAAGAUCCGUUUAAAUCAUGGCGUUAAAAGGAAGAUAGGUUUUAUCUGUACAGUGUUUGUAAGAUUUUUAUUUUUAAACUUUAAGUAUAUUUUGUACCGUUUAUAUCAUAUUAAAGUUCUAAUAGUUCUU